AUGUAUUGUGAGAGGUUUAUAUGCAUCCUGAGAAUACUUGGAACCACACUCUUCGGGGUAUCCCUCCUGCUGGGAAUCACCGCUGCUUACAUAGUGGGUUACCAGUUCAUCCAAACAGACAACUACUACUUCUCCUUUGGACUCUAUGGUGCUAUCCUGGCAUCACAUCUCAUCAUCCAAAGCCUGUUUGCCUUCCUAGAGCACAGGAAAAUGAAGCGGUCACUAGAGACUCCAAUCAAGCUGAACAAAACAGUUGCCCUUUGUAUUGCUGCCUAUCAAGAGGAUCCUGACUACUUAAGAAAAUGUUUACUUUCUGUGAAAAGAUUGACCUACCCUGGAAUUAAGGUUGUUAUGGUCAUUGAUGGGAACUCAGAAGACGACGUUUACAUGAUGGACAUUUUUACUGAAAUCAUGGGUAGGGACAAAUCUGCCACUUAUAUCUGGAGUAAUAACUUCCAUGACAAAGGUCCGGGUGAGACAGAGGAGUCUCACAGAGAGAGCAUGCAACACGUAUCUCAGCUGGUCCUGUCCAACAAAAGUGUUUGCAUCAUGCAGAAAUGGGGUGGAAAAAGAGAAGUAAUGUACACAGCAUUCAAAGCACUGGGGAGAAGCGUGGAUUAUGUACAGGUCUGUGAUUCAGACACCAUGCUUGAUCCAGCCUCAUCAGUGGAGAUGGUAAAGGUUUUAGAAGAAGAUCCAAUGGUUGGGGGAGUUGGAGGUGAUGUGCAGAUUUUGAACAAAUAUGAUUCCUGGAUAUCCUUUCUGAGCAGCGUGAGAUAUUGGAUGGCAUUUAACAUAGAAAGAGCCUGUCAAUCCUAUUUCGGCUGUGUACAGUGCAUCAGCGGACCUCUGGGAAUGUACAGAAACUCUUUACUCCAUGAAUUUGUGGAAGAUUGGUACAAUCAAGAAUUUAUGGGCUCCCAGUGCAGCUUUGGAGAUGACAGGCAUCUAACUAACAGAGUGCUAAGUCUGGGCUAUGCAACAAAAUACACAGCUAGAUCCAAGUGCCUUACCGAAACACCGAUAGAGUAUCUCAGGUGGCUGAACCAACAGACCCGCUGGAGUAAAUCGUACUUUAGAGAGUGGCUUUAUAAUGCAAUGUGGUUCCACAAGCACCAUUUGUGGAUGACCUAUGAAGCUGUAAUCACUGGAUUCUUUCCUUUCUUCCUUAUCGCCACAGUCAUUCAGCUCUUCUACAGGGGAAAAAUCUGGAACAUCCUCCUCUUCUUGUUGACAGUUCAGUUAGUGGGCCUGAUAAAGUCUUCCUUUGCCAGCUUCCUUAGGGGCAACGUUGUCAUGGUUUUCAUGUCACUCUACUCAGUCUUGUACAUGUCAAGUUUACUGCCAGCAAAGAUGUUUGCAAUUGCCACGAUAAACAAAGCAGGGUGGGGCACAUCAGGAAGAAAAACCAUUGUAGUUAAUUUUAUAGGACUCAUUCCAGUCUCCAUUUGGUUUACAAUCCUCCUAGGUGGCGUGAUUUUCACUAUCUACAAGGAAUCAAAGAAGCCAUUUUCUGAGUCAAAACAGACAGUUCUCAUCAUUGGCACGAUACUCUAUGCGUGUUACUGGGUUAUGCUUUUGACUUUGUACUUGGUUCUUAUCACCAAAUGUGGCAGGCGGAAGAAAGAGCCACACUACGACAUGGUGCUAGACGUAUGAUGUUUCCGUGGGAAGGUACCCAGAGAGUUGUAAAGCAACCCAACAACCUUGUAGUAUCUGUGGCAUCAGACAAAUGUUGCCAAGGGAAAUGGAUCACUGCUGCUGGGAAUAGGACAUUUAUAUUCCUCUGGGUUCAUUUUCAUCCUGCCAAAGUAAGAAAAAAAAGAAAGUUGUGUUUUUGGGUUUUUUUAUUUCCAAGGGGGGGAAAACACAAACCACACAGUUUCGACCUGUUCGCAAGAAUAUGGGAGAACUUCUAUGUUUAUGCACUUUUUUUAUUGUGCAUACGCCUGACAGUGUUAUGUUCUAUAUACCUCACUGGUCAUGCUUAUGUGUGUGGACAGGAAGGAAAGGAGUUUGGAGAAUCAAGAAAAGGAUCUUACAACCCCUUGCAACCUAAUUUAUGAACUUCUCUUUUUUAUAGUUCUGUUUAUAGGAAGGGUCUUUUGUGUUAGGCUGCCAAAUGUAAUGCCAAAGGUAAAUUUUAAGAGGCCAUUGGCUGAGCUGUAUUUUUAUAUUAUUGUAUUGUUUGUGUGUGUGUAUUUUUAAGGCAACUUUUUUUUUUUUUAAAUCACAUAUUUUAUAUUUUACUAUCU